UUCCAAUGGUAGUCAGAAGCCUCCGCUAUAUGGUCACGAAUGCGAUUUGUGCGAUUGUACAGAUGUUCGCCUCCUGCAAACAUACCAGGGGGAAGAGUGACCAUGGUAUCAAAAUCGAAGGGUUGGGCCUUAUUUAUCGCCACCAGCUGCAAGAAAUUAUCCCAGGCAGUGGUCGCAGCUACUAGCCUCCCUCGCAUCCCGAUAUUUCGUGCAGAAUCUUCUUGAAAGGCGGUUUGUUUGACGUGCAAGGAUAAAUUGCAGGUACCUAACACCGAUGCCGUUGCCAAUAGUCGCUAUCCGCGGUGCCUCCACGCGGUAGGUUAAUACGGAAAAAUUGUAAUGUGUCGCAAACUUAAGCACCGGCUCGUAUGGUUCGUCUAAGGCAGAAGUCUUUCAAUUGCAUAUCACUCCAGCGAGGUCCUCUCCGGCCAGUUCGAAAUACAGUCCCCACUAGAUUCUGCUUCAAUUAGCUGCCUCAGAAGCGGUGUAGU